AUGGGAGCACCAGUCUUCUUGACUCAUUUCAUAUUCAUGACAAGAAAUAAACCGAAGCGAACACAUAGUUCGCCGACUAAAAAAGUAUCUAAGAAAACUCAUCGAAAGAUCAGAAAAUCAUCAAUUAGUAGAAUUGAAAAACAAUUCAAAAAUUUUGACAAUGAUAUCGACCAAUAUAACAAAUACGAAAAUUUGGCCUUAGAUGUCAGCGACACUGAGGAACUUCUUCAACAAGAUAGGAAGGGCCACCAUUUUUCUUUUAUUGAAGAAGAUGUGAGAGAAGAAGUACCGGGAACAAGCGAUGUGCCUAUUGGUAUAUUUGACUCAGAAAACCAGAGUAGUACAGAAACGAAGAUAGAUGCAUGUCCGACGUUACUGCAACUAAAUAAACUAGCAAAUAAUGAUGAUUUUAUUCCAUUUUCUGCCAGUUCUGAAGAUGAAGAUGAAGAUGAUGAAGGUCCAUUGAACCCAACGAUAAAUGAUUAUGGUGAAACUCUAGCUAAUAGAUAUGAAUAUACCAGUUCUGUGAAUGUGCAUCAUCCAUGGAUUCUAAACCAUGAUCAUACUGAACAAAGAAGUAUUUCUGCAUGGUUGACUACAGAAAUUAUAGACUUCGUCUCCUAUAUAUCACCUAGUAAGGAUGAAAUUCAUACCCGUAAUAGGACAUUAGCAAGGCUUCGUAAGGCAGUUUCUGAGCAAUGGAAGGAUGCCAGCUUACAUGUGUUUGGUUCAUAUGCUACCGAUUUAUAUUUACCAGGAUCUGAUAUAGAUUGUGCUGUUAUUAGCCGAAAUAGGGAUAAAGAUCGUAGACAAUGUCUUUAUGAUCUAGCGAAAAGUCUGAAACAAAAAGGAUUAGCUACUCAUCUAGAAGUUAUUGCCAAGGCACGCGUACCUAUUAUCAAAUUUGUGGAACCACGAUCAAAAAUCCAUAUAGAUGUUUCAUUUGAAAAGACAAAUGGUGCUGAGGCUGCCAAACUAAUUAGGGAAUGGAUAAAAGAUACACCCGGUUUGAGAGAACUGGUACUUGUAUUGAAGCAAUUCUUGGCCGUAAAGAAAUUGAAUGAAGUUGUGAAUGGUGGGUUAGGUGGAUUUUCCAUCAUAUGUUUAGUGUAUGCUUUUCUUCGAAUGCAUCCUCGUAUUAAGGCAGGGGAAAUUGAUCCAAUGAAGAAUCUAGGUGUCUUAUUAAUUGAAUUUUUUGAAUUAUAUGGUAAGAACUUUAGUUACGAUAGGGUUGCCAUCUCAAUCUCCAACGGUGUUGCUUCAUACAUUCCAAGAAAGGAAUGGAAGGAUUUAUUAUCAAACAAAGAUAGAAUAGCUAUUCAGGAUCCAGGAGAUCCUUCAAAUAAUAUUGCUCGAAGUUCAAAAAACUUACAAGGAAUCCGAAAGGCGUUCUCAAGUGCCUUCGAUUUACUUGUAAAUCAGUGUUUUGAAUUAGAUACUGCUACUUUCAAGGAUAGAGUAGGUAAAAGUAUUCUAGGUAAUAUAAUAAAGUACCGUGGUGCGAUGAGAAAUUUUAGGGAUGAACGACAUUUAGUGGUAAAUCGAGCCAUAAAGGAGAACGAAAACUUUUAUAGAGAACUGGAAGACAAAAAAAGGAAGGAAAAGGCAGAAAAGGAAGAGAUGUUCUUAAACCCAAGUAGUGAUGAGGCGGAGCUAGAUGAGGCCUUGCUGGGGGAAAGAGCGGAGGAUAUUUAUAAACUGGAUAGGCCUUUGAAAAGAACCAAGAAUGAUAAACAUAAGCAUAAACAUAAGCAUAAGCAUACAAAUACAGACAAGAACACGAAGAAGGAAAAGGUAGAGAAAGUGAAAACGAAUUUGAAAGUUGCAAAAUCGCAAAGCAUUAUUACUUCAAAGAAUCGGACCAUAGACAUACUUAAAGGAUUAGCAAAGGGAACAAACACUAAAAUAUCGGGGGACGAAAUGAUUAUCGAUGAGUCCACGGCCCUACAAAACACAAAAGUAGAUGCCCAAACAAGACGGGACUACUGGCUGUCGAAGGGACAUGUGCUAUCAGGGACGGGAGGCCUUGGCCCAGAAAAGACUACUGUUUAA